AAAUUGAAUUUCACGAUUUAACGUUUACUACGUCAAUUUUAAUUUAAACAACUGUGGUGCUAGGGGUUUCGCAUCAGAGAAGCUGGCUUAGAAUUUUAUUUAAUUUUUAUUCUUACUCUAUUAUAUAACUCAACUGUCCAUACAACUGUUUUUGGAUAUUUUAGCCUAGGCCUACUUACCUCAAGGAAGGGUAAUGCUAGAAACAUAACCUACAACUAGCAUAAGUGUAAAAUCAUACUUUUUACUAAUUAUUGUCAUGUAUUCUACAAUUUUCAAGCGCUUUAAGAAAAGUCCAAUUAAGAUUGGAACUCAUAAUGGCGUGUUUCAUUGUGAUGAGGUUUUGGGAACUUACAUGUUACAGUUAUUGUUUCCUGACUCAAAUAUUGUUAGAUCUCGCGAUGAUAACGUGUUAAAAGAUUGUGACAUAGUUAUUGAUGUUGGCAAUGAAUAUGAUCCAGAAAAAUGCCGAUUUGACCACCAUCAAAAAGGGUUCAAUGAAAGCAUGAGUUCUAUCAUCCCAGGUAAACAGUGGACCACUAAGUUGAGCAGUGCCGGACUAGUUUAUUGUCACUUUGGAAAGGACAUUAUCAAGAAAAUUUUAGGUGAUAGUACAAGCAUAGAUGAAGUUGAAGCUGUCUUUGAUCAUGUGUAUGAGAAUUUCAUUCAAGAAAUUGAUGGAAUUGAUAAUGGCAUCCCUAUGUUUGAAGGUGAGCCUAAGUAUCGGAUUACAACCAAUUUGAGUAGCCGAUGUCACCAGUUUAACAAGCAAUGGAACACUCCUGACAGUGAAUAUAACGAAGAAGCAUCGUUCUCUGAGGCUCAGAAAUAUGUUGGAAGUGAGUUUGUUAGCAAAGUGAACAGAGCAAGCACAAUUUGGUGGCCAGCAAGAAGUAUGGUAGCUAAUGCUAUUGCAAAGCGAUUUAAUGUUGAUCCGAGUGGGCAAAUCAUUGAAUUGGAGGGACAUUGCCCAUGGAAGGAGCAUUUUUUCAAUCUUGAGAAAGAAUUGAGCAUUGAAAAUCCCAUCUUGUUUGUAAUUUUUUCUGAUAGUCACCGAAAUUGGAGAUGUCAAGCAGUAUCAGUCAAUGCUGGAAGUUAUGUAUGCCGCCAGUUUCUUCAUCAUGAAUGGCAAGGAUUGCGUGAUGAGGAGUUGUCCAAAAUCGCUGGGAUUGAAGGAUGUAUAUUUGUUCAUCACUCUGGGUUUAUUGGUGGCAACAAGAGUAGAGAUGGGGCUUUGAAAAUGGCACUCAAAACUAUUGAGUUGAAUAAAUCAUCAGAAUUAUAACUCAAUAGGGUACCGGUUGUUGUUACAAACCACUUGACAACUCGCAUUUCCCGUGGAGAAGACCAGCUUGUACCAGCCCUCGGAGAAUGUCUUGGCCAUUUAGUAAACAACAGACUAAUUCUUGGUUUCUUGCCAUCAACAUCUCAAUUUGCUGGAGUCAUUUUCAAAAGCCCCAAUCUGCAGAACAGUUCCGCUGAAUUUAAGGUCACACGAGGUGGCAUAAGAGACAUCUGAUCUGCUAAGGUUUUAUAAAUCAGUUCUAUUUUAACUCUAAAACAAAGGAAAAGUUUAAGUUUAAAAUAUUUAAAAAUUUUGCUGUGUUAAGGUUUUCCCAAAAUGUUAUAGAAUGAUGAA